UAUUUAAUUUUAAACCAAGGGUAUUAGGGAUAUUUUACCCUUUAAUGAAUGUCAUUUUUGUGAUUUUCUUUUUCUAGUGCCAUUUUUGAGACAAAAACUCAAAAGGUGCUAUUAUUGACAAUUGCCCAAAACAAAAACUCAUAUACUUGCAGAAAUUUUUAAAAAUGUUAAUUUUAAAAUUUUAAAUUGCUAAUUUUUAGAUAAUGCUAUAAAACAAUUUAUUUUUAUUUUUAAUGGUAAAAUCUCCAACUAUGUUUAUUUAAUGUAAAAUCCUAAAUUAAAUAUUUACCGGUAGUAUUGAUAAUUAUGACCGGUGAUGGUUUAAUUCAUUAAAUAAAAUUAGUUUAAUGGUUUUUUCGUUAAAUACUUUGUUUGAGUGUUUUUGCCCAAAGUUGAGGUGUUUUUAUGUUAAAAAUCCUUGUAUUUACAUAUAUCCUGAUUGUUUUGGGUGGAUUUUAGUUUUUAGUUUUUGAAUUUUGAAUUUUGUUUUUUAAGUUUUAAUUUUUUUGUUGAUUUUUGGUAAUUUUUAAUUUCUAUUUUUUAUUUUUGUUUUUAAUUUUGCAUUUAAAUUGAAUAAAAUAAAAAUUAUUGUUAAUGAUAAAAAGAAUUAUUUUGAAACUAGUAAAAAUAUAAAAUGAAACAAUAAUAUAGACAUAAUUUUGUAAUAUAGACAGAAUUAUCAAUAAAUUCAAUUUUUUUUACAUAAGUUAUUUAGUAUUAUGAAAAUAAAUAAAUAAAUAAUGUGAAUCCAAACUUCUAAGAUCAUAUGCUAUGUUGGUGAUAGAUUUUACCAAAAAAAGUAUGUUCCAAAAUAGACGGGAGGAACCACAUUUGUCAAAAAGUGAAAUUACAACAUGAUGCACAUAGAUAUAGUUGGCCGUUGUGUUAGACCUCAGCUACAAUAACUUCACCGAGAUGUUCCCUCUACUAUAGUCUAUAGUGACUUUAGCAAAGCUAGAAACUCUUGAUCUGUCUCACAAUCAGCUCACCGGUGAAGUUCCUGGUGUUGUUGGGUAUAUGAAGAGCUUGGGGUAUCUCAACCUCUCUUUCAACAACUUUCAAGACAAACUCAAGAAACAGUUCUCAAGAUGGCCAGCUGAUUCCUUUAUAGGCAACACAGACAACAAGCAGUAGCAAUGUCUUAGUCCAAGAUCAGUUGUUACAAUCUCAGCGUUAGCAGCCAUUGCUUUAAUGAUACUUGUGAUCGCUCUCUUCUUCAAACAAAGGCAUGAUUUUUUCAAGAAAGUGAGAGAUGGGAAAAAAUUGUGCACUGAAAACAUUAGAUUCCAAAGUUUACUGAGCACAAUAUUGAAAACGUAAGAAAAUUUAACAGUGGUUGAUGAUAAAAUUACAAAGUGCCAAAUUUUAAGUGGAUAUCUUAUAUAUUUGAGCAACAAUCACUUAUGUGUUGGUAUUUAUUUACCAAAAUUUAGCUAAAUUUGUUUUUUAAAAUGACACACAGCACGCCAAGACUAAAUUUUCAGUUAAUAUGUGUUUAACUUUCUAUGACACUUAAGUCAAAGACUAUAAUUACCUUACAUAAUAAGUUAUAUGAAAUAGAUGACAAUAUAGUCAUACUGAGUUACCAUAAAUCAUUAUAGUAUACAAUUGGAAACGUAUUUGAUAUUAUUCAUAAGACAUGUCAAAGACUAUUUAUUUAUUCCAUACUGAGUUACCAUAAAUCAUUAUAGUAUACAAUUGGAAACGUUUUUGAUAUUAUUCAUAAACUUAGAAAAACAAAAUAGUUUUAUUGUAGAUUCAUAUGAUAAUGGGAUCAUGUUUUGUUACAUGUAAUUAAUACAUGAGUUGGGGAAAAAAGUUGGGAAAAAACGUUUUUAGGUAACACUAAAUUAUAAAACAUGAUAAUUCAAUUACACUGAUCCUUGAAGUAUCCAGAUUCAUGUCUAGCUAAACUAAAUAAAAAGUGUUCAAGUCAAGUCGGUAAAUACAUGUAUCAAUUGAAGAAAAGAUACUCUUUUAGAUAACACUAAAUUCAAAAACAUGAUAAUUUAAUACCACUGAUCUUUGUAGUAUAUCCAGAUUCAUGUCUAGCUAAAUCCACUGAUUAAAUAAAAAGUGUUCAAGUCAAGUCACUCUAAUGUUACCGGUAAGUUUGAAUAAAACAAAGGUAAUACAUGUAUCAAUUAAACUAGUCAACUCCAAUUUAGAGAAUGCUAUAAGUGUGCUCUCCCUCUUUCUUUGACACUGUCUGAAAACUUUUAUUUUUAGUUUUAAAAGUUACAACUUAAAUAUACAAGAAUCAACUCAUCUAUAUUUGGAAUUUUUUCAUUAUACAAAUUACAAAAGGUAGGAUUAUUUACCUAAAUAAUAUUUGUGGAUGAAAGUAACAACAAAUCUAUUAAAAAUCAAACAGAGAGAAAAACAGCACAUACUUUUAUUUUUUCUUCUUGCCUUUCUUCUCCAUUGAUCUGUUUUGGCCUCUGUCUCUUCGUUUUCCCCUGUUCUGUCUCUUUGCUUUCUUCUUGUCCAUCAAAACUUUGUCCUCCUUGUUCGAAAAAUUUCCAUCAUUGAUGCUCUUGUUCUUGUUCUUCUUCUUCUCUAGAAGAGGUCAAGAAAUAAGAAAUUAUAGACAAAGAUCCGAUUAAAUAGGAUUUGUGUUCUUGAUUUUGGUGUUGCAAUAAAAAUGGCGUCAUGAUGACAUCUGACGUAGAAACGUCUCAGGCUUUUAAUUACGUAUUAAGCCCCCACGAGAGAUGCAUCCGAGGAGACAACAACAACAAUAAGAAGACCAAGAACAACAACAGCAACAACAACAAUGUCCGAAACAUACACGUCGCCUUCGAGAAGAAUCUCAAUGUUUUUGUCAGAGAUCAUCUCGAUAACGUUACCGUUGCCUCCGGUGAGAAUGGUGAUGAAUCCACCAAAGCGGUUCCUGAAUGUUCUUCCAACAAAUCCUCUGUUUUGAAAACAGAGGAACCUCGGUUAUCAUCGUCCUCUAUAGGAUCCGACCCGGAUCCGAAUUUACCUCAUCCGGGUCAACAAGAUAAGAACACGUCAAGGAAAGAAACCAUGCCGGCUUCUUCUCUGGUUCAGAUAUGGGAGGCAAGGACAACGAGCUCGAACCAAAACCAAACACAAACCGAUAGCAGAACGAGUUCUUCAGGAUCAAACGUGUUAGAGAACUCAGAGUCUCUUAUUGAGGAACCAGUCAAAGAAUAUGAACCAAUACAGCCAGUUCAAGAAGGAAAAAAUGAAGAACAUAAAGAGGAAGAGAUUGAAUCUGACUCACAAUCUGUUUCUGGUGAGAAGGAAAGAGAAGGCGUAAGAGUUAUGGAUAUAAUCAGGAAACUAAGCAGCGACACGGAAACAACAACGGGUAAUAACGACAAUGGAAGCAGCAGUAACGAGAACGGCAAAGAAGUUCAGACAACAACAACAGAAACAAGAACUUUUCCUCAGGUUUCUUGUUCCCCAAGAAUAAGAGGGAGACAAGCAUUUGCUGAUUUAUUGAUUCAGAUGAUGCGUGAUCGUGAAAAGGAGCUGGCUAGUUUGUUAGAUCGCCAUUGUGUUUCAAAGUUCACGCACCGGGGAAGGAUUCAGUCGACGCUUAGGAUUCGGUGUUACGAAAGGUGCAUUGCGAUUCAAGAUAAGUAUCGGUCUAAGUCAUGGGCACCAGGAUCUGAUUUAAACCGGGCAGGAGGAUCUGAUUUAAACCGGUCACCACGAGGGUCUGGUGUGAUGCAUCUUCUCAAGGAGAAAAAUAAGACAAAUUCUGAUAACAUUUCUAGUUCUGUCUCUUCUCGGUCUAGGGUGAUGGAGAAAGAUCCUCAGAAGUCUUUGGAGAAGAAAGCUGUGGAGGAAAUAAUGGAGAAGAUUGAUGUCAAGGAGGUUCGAGAAGUGGUUUCUGCGGUGGAAACCGCGAAGAAAGCUGUCCUGAGUGAACUUGUAGAGAACAAGAAUGGUUCAAAGAAAUCCACUGGAGAAACUAUUAAGAAGGAAAGUGCAGAAAGGAAAGGCGAAAAGCGAGAAACAAUGGCUCAAGAAGUGGUUUCUGCUGUGGAAACCGCAAAGAAAGCUGUCUUGAGUGAAAUUGUAGAAAACAAGAAUGGUUUAAAGAAACCAACAGGAGAAACUAUUAAAAAGGAAGUUGCAGAAAGGAGAGGCGAAAAGCGCGAAACAAUGGAGAAACCUGUUGCUAAAGAAGGUCUUGAAAGGAGAGGCGAAAAGCGAGAAACAAUGGAGAAACCUGUUGCUAGAGAAGGUCAUAAAGGGAGAGGCGAUAAGGAGACGGUCAAGAAAGCUGUUUUGAGUGAAAGUGCAGAGGGUAAGAGUGGUUUAAAGAAACCUAUAGGGGAAACCCUUCAGAAAGAAACUACAGAAGGGAGAGGAGAUAAAGGAGAAACAAAGGAGAAAGCUAUUGCUAAAGAAAAUGUGCAAGGGAAUGUUUUGGUUGGAAUAGCUGAGAAGGUGAACCGAUGGAACUCAGAGGAGAAACUGAAUAGGAGUAGAUGGACAGAGAAAGGUAAAACUGAGACCAAAGCUAAUACUGAGAGAGUUGAUAAAAAUGAUGUAUUAGAAGAUGCUAAAAGAACCAAUAAUGUCCAAAGUGGGGAAAAAAGCAAUACUACUUGUGAGUUUCCUGAGAAAGAAGUAAGAAGAAAGGAAAAGGAAGAUUGUGUUUCUGUAGAAACUAAGUCCAUAGAGAUUGGAGAUCCUCAACAAGGGACUGCACAAGAAGAGGAAAAGGUUGUCCAGGAGACAACAACCAGAAACAAUAAAAAUGGUUUAAAGAAACCUACUGAGAAGGAAAGUAAAGAAGGGAGAGAAAUGGAGGAAAGUGUAGAAGGAAACACAUUUAUGGGAAUAGCUGAGAAGGUGAAAAUGUGGAACUCCAAGUACAAAAAGAGUAGGAGAAGAUAUUCUAUGGACAGAGGUAAAGGCAAAACAGGCAAACCUAAUACCGAGAGAAAUGAAGUGUUGCAAGAAGCUUCAAGGAGAAUCAUUAAUCUCAAAACUGAGGAGAGAAGUAUUACUACUUCAAAGGAGAAAGUUGUUGGUACACAAGAGAUUAAGGAUAAAAGAGAGAGUAGUAGAGAAAUAAUGCAGUGUGAACCUGAAGAGAAAGGAAGAAGAAUGAAAGAGGAAGAGCUUUGUUCUGAAGAAGCCAAGUCCAAAGAUAUCACUGAGGUGAAAAUCAUGAGUUCUCAAGAAGUUAUUAUACCAGCAAAAGAAUCUGCAUGUCAUGGCUCUCCAGAGAGAGGUAAAGAGCUAAGUGCUUCACUACAAGGUGAAGAAAUGUUUAUUCUGCAAAACCUAGAAGACAAGUCUACUAAAGAGACUGAUGGAAACAAUUUUCAAGAAAAUAUAAUUGAAGAAGACUCUAGAGAGAAGGCUAAAGAGAAGAAUGCUUCACAACAGGAUGAAGAGGUGAAAGAAGUAGCAAUAGAGUUUGCAAAUGAUUGGGAUGAAAAAGAAGAUGAUGAUGAUGAUGAUGAUGACUAUGAAGAUUAUGGAGAUUUUGAUGAUUACAUUGGAGAAAUCUCAACUGAUUGGAUCUACGAUGUGUCGAGGCCUCGAAGUUACUGGGAAGAGUUAAGGAAAGAAAGGUACCUUGAGGUUCUCAACACUGAAUCUGAUAAAAAGGACAUAUGUAACCUUAUCCAGAGCCGAACAGUUUCCAACUUCUUGACGAGUGACUUGCGACAAAAAAUCGAUAAUUUGAUGACAAGUCUCGUGCAGAAUCACCUAGGCGUACCAAUCAAUCAAGAAGAAGACGAAGAAGAAGAAAAAGAAGAGUGGGUUGAAGAGUGCUCAGCAAGGAACCAAGAAUAUAAUGAAACAGAGGAAGAACCAGAGAAGACAAAUCUUGAAGCUGCAAGCGACACAAUUCUUGAAGCUGAUCAUGACGCUUGCAGCCAAUCAUCAGAAAGGAGUAGCACGUUGAUGAUUUCGUGGAGUUUCAGGGAUCAAGAUAUCGACAAGGAUAACGAACCCACAGCGUCUUUAUCUCUCCCUGAGCCUUCUUCUGCCACAAGUCAAACUACACAGGAAAUGCAGAUGAUAAGUGAUCUCAGGGAACAAAUGGAGCAGCUUCAACGAGAAAUGCUAGAACUGCGAAACACUGUUAAAUCUUGCACUGAUAUGCAACUUCAUUUCCAGAAAUCUUCAACUCAAGAUUCUUGUCGCUCUGGCUCCUCUGCGGAACAAGGAGUAGAAACUAAGAAUCCGUUAAAACGCAAGUGUUGCGUUUGCUCUGAGAUGCCUGUUGAGUCACUUCUGUAUAGGUGUGGACAUAUGUGCACGUGUCUAAAAUGUGCUCAUGAGUUGCAAUGGAGCAGUAAGAAAUGUCCGAUUUGCAUGGCUCCAAUCGUCGAUGUUGUGAGAGCUUUUCUUGAUGCUUAGGAUUUUAAAAAAGAAGAACAAUAUUAAUUUAUCUGUUAGUUUGGAAUCUGAUACAUCUGAUUAUACCUGAUAACAUUUGUUUGCCUUGUUGUUCUGCCAUGUUGAGAUCAUUACAAUAAAAAGUUCCGAUAUACUCCUCAUAUCAUAUGGCUUGUGCGUGGGACAAUUCAAAAGUUAGAAAACUCCCAUUGCGAAUACUUUGCAUUAGGCCUAUAUUUCCAUAUCAUUUGGCCAAUUAAACAAAUCCAAAAUGAGUGGAAUAUUAGCAAUCGUGCAGACAACUUAGGUUAUACUGAACCCAAUGAUAAAAUAACUUCUUGGAUGUAUGGAUCUAAUAUUAAUAAACAAGUAUUUUCUUAUAUUGAACAUUAGAUAUGAUCAAAGGAAUUUCAAGACUACUAGUUAUGAAAAAGAAGGCAAGUAAAUCCAAAAACUUUAUAAUAUGAUCAAGUGGACUACACAUUCUACAUGUAGAGACAACUCAGACAAGACUACAUCUAGCUUAGCCAAUAUUUAGGUUAGCCAAAAGCUGAGAGCUAGAUGCUGCCUCAGCUUAGCUUAACUUUUUUAAACAAUAAUGUGGCCAAAAUCAACUAUCUUGGAGAUGUCUCCAAUGUCUUCUACAUGUUAAAUAAUUAAAUCUAUCAGAUGUGUUAAAGACUCAAAGCUAUAUAUUGAUGGACAACCCAUUUAUGGGCUUCAAUGAUACUUGGUCUUUUGCCUAUGGCUAAUUUUAGGCCUACGUGGCCUUAUCAUAUUAAGACCCAAUGAGUAGGAGAUGUCUUGACUGAAACGUUGGAGAGAAGCCGAGACGUCACGCUGCCCUGGCCGACAGGUGGGUACUGGAGACAACGCCAGGUCUCCCACAGAUGUUGGAAUCCUGUAAACGAAUUAACGAAACUGCGUAACGGAAAAGUACACAAAAAAUUACGGUAAGAAAACGCGGUCGCGAUUCAUUCUCUAUUUCAAAUGUCACAUUGUCACCCCUGAAUAUUCGUAUACAAAAGUUAAGAAAUUUUAACCGGUUUAACUAAAACUAUAUGAUUCAUUUGAGAAGGCUGUAUGCCAUCAGCUUUUUAAUGCUUGUUGGAUAUAUAUUGGCCAGUAAUAACAUGUAUACAAAAUAUUUUUGUCGUUAAUAAUGCAGAUGAAUUUGGCGUUUAGCACAUAAAAACUGUUUGUUUUCUUCAGAUGCAUUAUUAAUUAUCAUGUAAACAAUUUUCGAUUAGUUGGUAAUCAUCUUUAAUUUUUCUUUUCUUUAUGACCUUUCCUUCCCUUCCCUUCACUUUACAGUUUCCAUUAUGACGUCUGCAAGUCAAAAUAGUACAAAAAUAGGUAAUGUGAUUACUCAGAGAGACCUUUAAAGAGGCUUUUAUUACAAAUACAAAUAAUGUCGCCAAAACCUAACACUUAUUUAAAUAAAUAUUCUACCUAGCCAAACGAAGAAAUCUAUUUUCCUUAUAAAAAUAAUAAUUAUUAUAUUUUAUCUGUUUAUAAAAAAAAUAAAAUUACGCAAAAGCACACCAUUUAUACACAAUUCUGUUUAAUUUAUAUUACAUUUUUCUUAAAAACGAAAUUAACUAAUAAAACACUCCUAGCUAAAUGAACAAAAAAAAAGACUUCUGGCUAAUAGCUACCCCUGCAUAGCAUGAUUUGCCCAAGUAGUGAUGGAUUCAAUGUGUCUAAUUCCAGUAUAUCUUUUUUUAUAAGUUGUUUUCAUUAGACCCUUCUUUAUGUACUAGAUAUACAAAGAUUAGCAAAAGAAAAGAAACAUCACUUACUAAAAUAAAAUAGCAUAUUCAGGAAAUAUCACGGAAAUAGCAUUUUUUUAAAAAAAAUAUAAUGAAUAUAAA